UUGAUUAGUGCCACAAACUUCGAAUUUUCCGUAUAUUACUUGGGGAACUGUUGUAUUCCUUUAAAGAAUAAAGAAUCGCAAAAUGUCACAGAAGUUCGCUCUAAUGAAGAAAAAGUUAUUGAUGUAGUUGAAGUUGAACAACUUGAUGGUUCUAUUGCAAAGGAUAGUAAAGGUUUAGACCAGGUCACAUUGAGGAUUUCCCGAAACGGAGUACAGUUGUUUGAUCCCAAUACAAGUCAUGUUGUUGCUCGCAUUCCUUUGGUGAACGUCGUUUUCUCUGUUUCCUAUCAUGAUGGCUUCAAUAAAUUCAAUUGUAUCAUCGUGGAGAACGUAAGGGACUCUGAUGAACUUUGCAAAUGUCACCUUUUACAAGUUUUCUCAAAGGCUCAUUCGGAAGAAAUAUGUUGUAUUCUCAAGACUUUAUUUGAAGAUGUCCAAAUCGAAUGUCAACGUUUUGAUGACGAUGAAGAAAGUGAUGAUGUGUGA